GCUACUCUGGCUUUAAGUUCCUUUAAAUUUUUGCUCGACUUAAAACUUUUUUUUGCAAAAUAAUUAAAAAUGUCAGAAAAUCAAAAUGUAGAAGUUGCAGAGAUCAAGGAAGAAGUUAAGGAAGAGCUAAAAGUCGAUAGCACAUUGGCAUUAAAUCGUUAUAUCUUUAUGAGGGAAGUUAACAGCUAUUUUGUAAAUAAUGAAGAACAGUCCAAGAAUAAAAUGAAGUUAUGGAGCUUAACAAGCUAUAAUAUUGAUAAUCACAUCAAAAAACUCACUGAAACUGAUUUGUUAACGCCGUUGAAUCUCAUUAAAAAGGCAGUUCAGUCCAAAUCGCUAUAUUCUUCGAACGAAGCUCUCUGGUGCCUUGCGUAUUGUCUUAGUCAACUCAAGAAUGAUGAUCUAAGAAAGGAAAUUCGAAAGAAUUUUAAUGAAUUAGUGACAACUUCUGAUCAGCUGCUGAUCUUUAUGCAUGCCUUCCAGUUAAUGAAAGGUGGCAAAAUGAAUUUUGGACGUGGCAUGAGAAGUAUGCUAGGCAAAUGGUAUUCUGAUAAAACGUCUGAUCAAUUAUUCGAUUUUUUGUACUCUACACGAAAGUAUGAAAGAAUCAGCCAUAAAAAUAUCAUCUACAAGCUUCAUUUAAAGAUUGAUGAUAAGGAAAAGAAUAAGGUCAUUCAAUCGAUCUACAAGAAUCAGGAUACAUUAGAAAAAGAUCCAGAACCGACUGUUUUGGAUAAGAUGAUUGUUAAGCAUAGAUUCCUUAAAAGUCGUCGUGACACGAAAGAAGUGGUUGAAAUUUUGAAAGCAAAGGAAUUCAGCUACAAGAUCCACCAUAUUCCACCGCUUUCAUUGAAAAAUCAAGAAGUUGUUGACUUAAUUCUUCCAAAUAUGACUUUGACAGAAGUCAUUGACAAUUUAAUAACUUUCUGCUCAUACAAAAUGCUCAAAGUUCACGAGCCAAUCUCAAGAAAAAUUUGUAAUGCCUUGCAAGUCAACAAUAAAACGAUUAACGAAGCAAAAUUGCAUCCAAUUCAUAUUUUCGCCAUAAUGAAGGAAUUGGAGAAGAGAUUGACAGUUCAUCAUCAUGAGAAUCCACAUAAGAAUGAAAAUGGAAAUACAGCUGCAGCAGCAAGUGACGAUAAGAGUUUGGACAAAAAAGUAUCCAAUCAAUACAUCAUCAAGAAGUUAUUCCAUAUUUUCAAUCAUACAUUAAAUGAGCAGCCAAAAACAGGUUGCCGUUACUUUAUUACGGUUGAUUUCAGACAUUUCUCGAAGAGACAGUCAAAAGUAUUUGGUAUGCGUAAUGUUCUGUGUUCAGAAUUGCAAGCAAUCGUUGCAUUAACACUGCUCAAAAACGAAAAGGAAGUGACAGUCAUGUCGUUCUCGGAAACGAAUAAUAAAUUGAAACCUGUUGAAUGGAAUAGCGAGACAAGCUUUGAAAAAGCUUUAGAAUUGUACGAAAAAGAAAUCAAAGAAAAUGCGAAAACGAAAGAAAUUAUCACGUUGCCUUUAAAAAAAGCAAUCGAAGAUAAGAAGAAGGUCGAUGUUUUUAUCACCUUUGUUAGUUCAUUGGGUCGUUGCAUGGGCAAAAAUGGAAAGCCUGAUCAGAUCUUUGCUGAACUACAAAACUAUAGAAAAGUUAUGAACUUGAAGAUGACUAAAUAUGUCAUCAUUAAUAUGACGAGAAAGACUCCGGACAUGAAAUAUGACGAGAAAAAUAUCAACAAUAAAGGAGUUUUGGAGAUUGUUGGAUUUUCCGAAAAAUCAGCUAAAGUUUUGGAAGCUUACGCUAAAAACUGUUUCGCUUAAUAAGAUUAAUGAAUUUACUCAAUUAAUUGAAUGGAUAGAAUCAGAAUUAAGAAAACAUUACUCACAUAAGUAUUUUAAAGAAAACAAUUGUGGUAACGAUAAAACACCAAAUAAAUAACACUACCAGAAUUAUACACAAAGUAAUAAAUUGGUCUCGGAAAACAAUGAAAUUUAAAGUGCCAGUCAAGCAGUGGAUCGAAGAAAGAUGCAGCAUAAUUUGUUCCUUAAUAUUUCGACAAGAACGAUAACUCAGAAAUUAACACGAAUCUUUACAUUUAUAUUUUUCAUACUAUUAUUGUAUUAAUUACAUGAAUUAUUAUGUAUUAUGCAUUAGCGGUAGUUCGCUUAUAGAGGGAGAAAGGAAUCUGAAAUUUUGUGAUACUUUUUAAAAUUUUAUAGUUUGAAUUUUUAACGGAUUUAUCAAAUUUGAAUGCUACGCGAAUUCUUCAAAUUUGAAUUUUUAACGAAGUUAUGACGUUAUAAACGAGUUUUCACAUUUAAAUGUUUAACAGACUUUAAAGAUUUGAACUUUUUAAAAAUUUGAAUUCUUCCUGGAUUUUUAAAAUUCGAAUUCUUAACGAAGCAUGAGAAGGGGGGGGGGGGGGG